CGCAUGCUAUCUAGGUCAAGUUACUACAACACGUGCAAACAAGUGCAAAUUAAUCUGUUUUUCUAUGAUGGUCCAUUGCAGCUAAAUGGGAGUCACUAAGCAAUACCUGCGGUAUGCACCAAGUGCAGUAUUUGGUGUUAUUGGAAGUCACAAGUCCAAUGUGGUGUUCUUGGAAAUACAUGGCAACAAAGGCAAGUUUUGUGCUGUUGGCGCAUGUGAAAAUGUUAUCAUUUGGGAUAUGCGGAAAGGAGAGAAGCACCUAGAAUUAAAAGGAGAAAAACAUGAAGUCACAGUAAUUGCCAAAAGUCCAAGUCAGCGCCAUGUAGCUGUAGGUUACCAUGAUGGCACUGUUCGCAUCUUUGACGUUUUGACUGGAGAAUGCACUGUCAAGUUUAGUGGUCAUAAAUCUGCUGUGUCUGCUCUCAACUAUGACAAAACUGGGGUGCGACUGGCAUCUGGAGCAAAGGAUACUGAUAUCAUAGUGUGGGAUAUAGUCAAUGAAAGUGGUCUGUACAGAUUAAAAGGACACAAAGGAAUGGUGACCCAGGUCAGAUUUUUCAAUAACAGGAAUUUAUUGAUUUCAAGCUCCAAGGACACUUUUGUAAAAUUUUGGGACCUGGACACUCAGCACUGCUUCAAGACACUGGUAGGACACAGGACUGAGGUUUGGGAUCUUGUCUUGUUUCACGAUGAACAUCGUCUUAUCACUGGGUCAGCUGACAGUGAGCUCAGAGUCUGGAAGAUGCUAUAUCUUGAUGAGAAGUCAGAAGGUCCCAAUCCAGCAAAGAAAGCCAAAAAAGCAGAAAAUGAAGAAGAAAAAGAUGCUGAGGAGGAGGAGGAGGAAGAGAUGAUACUGACCUGUCAUAAGCUGGGCUCUCUGAUGCGUCAAGGAAGAGAUAGAGUGGUAUCUAUGNACCAAGUGGCCGGACUUCUUGCCUGA